AUGUCCGACAAACCCGUACCCUGCGACUUAAUGCGCCCCUCUGACUCUCCCCCCGUGGACACCGCCAUCAAAGCCAGCGAUCAGCCGAUUUUUAGCGUUUUAAGCAGCGGCGGUGUGAAGAUGAAGGAGGCCCGUGUUCUCGCAGGACUAGACUGUACCGGCGGUGACGGUGGCUCUGCCCUGACCACAGACUCCGAGUCCGGGAUCUUCUCCGGGGAAUGCGAGCUCUGCGAGGACCACGAAGCGGAACUGGACUGGUUCUGUGACACGGAACAGAAGCUGGUCUGUUCCCACUGCGCCACCGUGGGCCCAUGUCGAGCGCAUGCACUCAUACCGCUGUCCGCGAGGGUCUCCUCACUCAGGCCACCACCAGCGGUCUCCCCCCUCUCCCCACCUACGCCUCUUCCUUCCUGGGACUCGGAGUUUCGCCUAACCUCUUCCCUCCCAUUCUACGGCUUGAUCUUCGCCACGGUCUUUCUCGCCAACAUCUACGUCCUGUUCGUGAUUCGAUGUCUUCGCGAAGCUAAGCCAAGGGCGAAAUUCGCAUCUACAUGA